GCCUUAAAUCGACGGUGAUGUGCACGCGUGACAAUUGAUUACGGUUGAUCGCGUUUUGAUCGAGGUCUUCAAAUUCGACAUCGUGUGCAACGACACGGCGUUCGGUUCAUUUUCUUUAGAGUUAAACGCGCUGCGAACGACGCGCACACACGCUCGCUUACUUGAAGUGAGCGGUGAGUGGACGGACGCACACAGCCUGCUUCGCACAAAAGCAAUAUGGUGACUGUCGGUGUUAGUCGAACGCACACGGGGGAUGUUUAAUAAUAUUGUCGUCGUUGAGAUGUGCGUUAGUGACUACGAGUGAUGAACUUGACGUGACCGAGAGCCUCUCGCCAGGCUAAAGAACCUGACCACCAUGUGCGAUGUGUGCGUCGACUUUCACGAUCUUCUGCUUUCCUAUGACGAACGUUCAUCAAAGGAGCAAGAUGCAUUGGCGACGUUAUGUAUAACAGACGUCGACACGACAUUGCAUUAUGUUAACCAAUGGAUGCAAAGACAAUGUAUGUGUUGUUAUCGAGAAAUUAAAAAUUUUGAUCGAUUUAUAAGGCUAACACAGAGCGUUGUACUUUGUACAUUGCAACAGUUGCAAGUUAUACAGCAAAAUGAACAGCAAGGAGACGUUGCUAAAGAGGGAAAGGAUGAGGAGGACAAAAGUAAUAAACGAAAAUCUAGCGAUAAUGCAGAACAUGUACAGGUGGAAAUUCAGUCGAGACAAAUCUGGUCUCAACAAGAUAGAGAAAGAUUGUUUCAUCUUCUUUCGAAAAUUUUUUUACUCAACUUUCCUCUUUACAUCGCCAUGAAACACGGCGGUGUAAUUAAUCCCUUAGCUCCUGUGAAGGAUGAAGGUGGCUAUUGCGAACCGCACGAACCUGAAGUACCAGCACCUCUGAUUCGUGCGGUGUCUAUAUUUUGCCAUCAAGGAGGCUUUAAUUUGAUGUCCGCUUGUUUCGAUAUGGAAAGCACACUGCCCGUUAGCCUCGCGCAUUCUAUGGUGGCGGUUAUUUGCAAUCUGAAACUUUGGUUAAACUACGCCAGCGUCAUUCAAUUAUUUAUACCAUUGCGCAGUCGUGUUAUGAAAUAUAUGUGUCGUUUAGGAGACAAAGAAUUACGCACUCCGGCUGUUAGGACCAUGGCAGAUUUUAUGUGGAGCGCUGUGAAGGAUCCGAUAGAUGCUGUAUUACCAAGUUUUGAUCGCGAUGGGCUUGAUUUGGCAUUUAAAUAUUUUACUAGUACAACGUUAACUAUGAGACUGGCCGGUGUGGCGCAGAUAAACGCUCAUAUCACCGCAUCCAAUGAGCUCUGCAAUAGUGAGACCGUUGCCGAAGUCGAGCAAGUGGGACACGCGCUCGCCGCUUGGUUGACCGAAAACAACAUCAUAGCACAUAUAUUCGGACCAAAUCUACACGUAGAAGUGAUUAAGCAGAGUCACAUUAUAUUGAGCUUCCUGGCGAUGGAAGGUAGAAUCACAUCCUCGGACAUGGAUACCAUGUGGCAAGCUGCGCAGUUGAAGCAUUGCGGCCGUCCAGUUUAUGACUUAUUGGCGCCUUUGGUCAAACAUUUGGCACCUACUCCCGUACUUCACCUAUAUUCAUUGUUAGGCAAAUUAGAACCUAAGGACCACACAGAGCAAAGUUUGUUUUUAGCGUCGGCUUUGAUCAAGUUUAUUUGGACGUCCGGUCGCUCGGCUUAUCCGAGAGGCUUGGUAAUGAAGAAUAGAGAGAUUUUGAGAAGCACCGGAGCGGUUGGUGGGAGUAGCAGUAGCGAUCCAAGCGGGAUGGAUGGCAGCAGCCCGGAGGACGAUGAGGAGGAGCCUAGUCCGACACUGUCCGACGGGCCGUCGCCUAGAAAGCAAGCGAGGACCGAUAGCAGCGACGGUGAAGGACAUUAUAAAAGCAAGAAUCUAACAACCGCUACUAUCGAGUCGAGUCUUAAUGAAAUCGAGGGUCUGAAUGCUGAUAAAUAUGAAUGUAGCACGGAAUUGACUAAGGAUUCGUCGGUAAGCGCUAUUCGCGAUGAUGCGAAGAACAAGCAAAGUGGAUCCGACGCCGAAGCGGACACGGAGAAGUCUAAUACGGAGGAGAUGUUUGUGCACGAGAAGAAGAAGCGGAAAAUUCUGCGCAAGCGAAAGAGACCGCAGAAACGCUCGUUGAGCACGGUCGAGAAAACGCUGGAAGAUAUCGUCGGCCAAGACGUCAACGUGAAAUCAAAAGAUCUAUUGGAUACGAAGAGCAGAACGGAAGAUGUGCUGAACGGUAGUCUGGACGUGGGCGCCUUGGACGAACCGAAGGGCAUCGACGCGUUAGAUCGAGUGAAGCAACAAGCGAUGGCUUUAGAUCCGAAUGAUCAACAGGUUCCAACCACUGCGGCGCUGCUGAGACGCGCCAACAAGAAUAAAUAUAUGUCUAUAGUGGGAUACAACGUGGAUCGGGCGGCCGACUCGGCGGACAGUUCGCACGACGAGGACGACAGCGAUGUGGCGGGCGUACUCGCCGCCGCGGAUGGUCCCGGCGCGGUAAUAUCCGAGCUCGCUGGAUUGGUGCACGCUACUGGCCCUACGUUUCUGCCCUCGGGAUUGGAUGAGAUGCUGUCCGACGAGGAAGGCUCGUACAGCAGCAGAAUAUCGAACAAAAGUGAGAAGAACAUGGCCGACUUUGACGGUGAGGAGAGCGGUUGCGAAGAGGAGUUGGCUCAGUUAGCCGCGCGUCACUUGACCGCCAUCCAAAUGCAAGCUUAUCAUCCUCAUCAUUCGCACUCGACCAUGACGAUCAGAAGAUCGGUUUGUCAACCACCGCAAGUGCGAAACGCUCGACAAACUGCCACCAAGUUGAAUUCGCAAUUCAAUCUAGAUACUGUUUGCAAACCGGGUAACACGUUGCUGUGGGAUCUUCUUCAAGAUGAUAAAAUAGGCCAGCUCGGGGAGGGCCUGGCCUUGGAAGCGGAAAAGGCGCUGUGCAAUCUUUUGUGCUUCAAUGUCGAUCGCUUGAUCCCCAUGAAAUUCAUAGAAGGCUGCUUGGAGAACUUGGCGACCAAUCGUUCCGUAGUCGUUUCUCUGAGACUAUUGCCGAAGCUGCUCGCGAGCUUUCAACAAUUUGGCGCGAUGGACGCGCACACGAUUACAACUUGGGCCGAUCGUGAGCGCGGCAUGAUGAAGCACUUCUUCAAUAACCUGAAGACGUACACUAAUACAGGGCCGAAGAGCAAUUUGUAUUCUCAUCAAACUGAAAUACAAGUUAGACUGCAGUUUCUAUCGUCGAUCUUCUCGCCGCUGGGCUCACCCGAUUGCUUCCGACUGAGCCUGGAACAAGUAGACAUACUGUGGCAAUGCUUGUCGCAGGAUUCGAUCUGUGCGGACGAACUCUUCAGCUGGCUGCUCAGCCAAGCGAAAUCCACGGAGCAGCACGCGUUAGGAAUGGACACGCUGAAACACCUGUGCAUGCGCAAACUGCCGAGUUUACCGCCAGAGACGAUCAGUAUGACGGGUUUGAGUCUCUUUCAACAGCUGUGCAACCUGGCGCGCUUAGCCGCGGCGCACUUGGAUAGACCGCUGAGGGACGUGGACUCGAUAGGUAUGGAUUUUCUCUGGCGAAUUGCCCUGAAAGCGAAGAGCACGGAUGUUAGCAUGGCGGCCAUACAAUACCUCAACGGUUACUACAUGUCGCGACAGUUGACGCAGGAGGCAGAAUUUGUUUCCCAGUGUAUGACACAUCUCGCGGCGGCCAGUGCUGACCUUGAGACAAAUGAGGAGGCCAGCUUGCGCUGCAUACAGCGUGCUCUGCUUCUAUUAAGAACGCAUUUGGAGGCCUUUCGAAAGCGUUACGCCUAUCAUUUACGCCGCUGGGUGCUGGAAGGUAGAGGCGCCGCCAGCCACGUAGCCAUGAAUACAUCCGAGAAAGGCCAGCAAUUGAGAAUCUUUGUGCAGCCCGCUGGUAUACCGGAAAAGACGAGCUUCACUCUCCUCAACACCGAUUACGUUGCGGAUUUGCGCGCUGAAGUGGCCAAGUGGUGGGAUGACACGCAGAAUGCUCAGGAGAAAUCCGCGACUUCUGUGAACGCCGCUCAGAACAGCGGCUCGGUCUUAGGAUCGUUGCUCACCGACGGUCCGAUCAGAAUGAUCACCCAGGGCCAAGAAUUGACUAUCGAUUUUGAUGAGAAAACCUUGCAAGAGAUGGGUUUCAAGGACGGGCAAUUGGUAUUUAUUUCGCCCGGCGCCAGCAGAGGCAACGGCGGCGGUGGUCGUUGCAGCAAACGAGACGUCGAUUCGCCUUCGUUGUUACCGCCCCCGCCUAGAGAAUCCCUACCGACUCUACUGUUACUUCGACCGCAGUACUUCGAGCAACUGUUCACGCUUAUGCGAACUCUGAGCGCCAUGAGGACGACCGUGAAGGGCGGCCAAGAGAUCCCGCAUACGAAGGCCCAGGUGCUCUCGAGGAGAGUCUGGGACACACUCACUCUCUUGCCUACGAGUCCGACUCUACUGCGCGGCUUCCAAAAACUCGGCGAGACGUCCCUUCAAGAAUUACUCGAUCCGGCGAGUCCGCAAAAGUUGAUGUACUCUCUCUACAUAGUCGAGUCUCUGAGCCGACGAAGCGUCACGAAUCAACCGUCGUCGGCGAGCAACUUUGUCGCGUCGGCGACAACGGCGGCGCACGAGGGUGGCGGCGACGCGGACGACAAUCACGACGACAAGGAGAAAGACGUGCCCUGGUCCACUCUGUUUGUGCAACACGGCGGACUCCGGCAUCUUUUUGACAUCUUUAUGUCGGGCUGUCUGGAGCAGGGAGACGGCAGCGAGUGGCAGCAAGACUGUCUCGCCAGUUUGCUGAAGCAGCUCUGCCAUCUCGGUGUCGUGAAGGAGGAGAAGAAACGCAACAAGGCGGACAAGCCGUUAUUGGUGCCGAAGCUGAGCGAGGCGAUGCUGAGGAUGAUGAACGUCGACACCGUGAUGCCGCGGAUAACGAGCAUCCUGAACGACGCCUCGCUACCGCUCGACCCGAAUCAUUACAAGACAGGACUGUUUGGCCGAUCUCAGGUGAUACAUUACGCCAUGGCGCUGUUGGUUUGCUGGGUGCACAGCGACCUGGUGGUCAGGCAAUACUUGUUCUCGUCGUCCGAGCCGUUCGGAAAGACCUGGUUACGCAGAUUGAUACUGGAGGAUCCCGAGCCGGCGGUGAGACGCGAGGUGUGCACGGCUUUGUACAGGCUGUGCUUGGGCAGCACCGGCGCCGAAGACGACAACUCGGACCAAGUGCCAGGUUUAAUAGUGCCCAUGCUGAACACCCUGCUGGAGCACCUCGUGAUCGCGGAGGCUAUGCAGCCUUCUCAUCGCAAACCGGACCUGCCGAUACACUUGCAUCCCGCGCUGGACGACGGAAAGGAACCGUACGGGCCGGCCUGUAAGGAUUACUUCUGGCUGGUGUGUCGUCUGGUAGAUUCUCUGCCGGACGAGGCGAUUCGCGAGGGUUCGACGGACGACACAUCCGGAACGACUAUCGAUCUCGAGGCGCUGGCAAUUCGCGUGAUCGACUCCGUGCUCGACCGAGAACACCUAGAGACCCGGCACAACACGGUGGAGGAUGACGCGUUGGUCGGACUGAUCAAUCUCACGUGCAACAUAAUGACGCACAAUCCGCCCUGCAAGCAGGGCAAGAUCGGGCAAAAUCUACUACAUCAAGUGUUCGACUUUCUGUUCGCCCUGCCGAAUCCACGCAGCAAACACGUGCCCAAGUGCAAGAGCCAGGCGUCCAGAUCGGCGGCUUUCGAUUUACUGGUCGAGCUGGUGAAAUCGGCGCCCGACAAUUACAAGAUACUACACGAGAAGCUGCUCGCUCAGCAUCAUCCUGGACCACAUUCCCCGUAUCCUUGGGACUACUGGCCGCACGAGGACGGACGCUCCGAUUGCGGCUACGUGGGCCUGACGAAUCUCGGCGCAACGUGUUACAUGGCCAGUUGCAUGCAACAUUUAUACAUGAUGCCGCAAGCGCGCGUCUCUAUACUGGGCGCCGAUUGUAGUCGAGCGAACAAGCAUCAGCUGACCUUACGGGAGCUGCAGAGAAUGUUCGCUUACCUGUUGGAAUCGGAGAGAAAGGCGUACAAUCCGAGGAGCUUUUGUCGCGUGUACACGAUGAAUCACGAGCCGCUCAACACCGGCGAGCAGAAGGACAUGGCCGAGUUCUUCAUCGAUCUUGUCUCGAAACUCGAAGAGAUGACGUCGGACUUGAAGAACUUGGUGAAAACGUUAUUUUGCGGCGUGAUAUCCAACAACGUCGUCUCGCUCGACUGCGAGCAUGUCAGCAGAACGCUGGAAGAGUUUUAUACCGUCCGAUGUCAAGUGGCUGACAUGAGAAAUCUGUAUGAAAGCUUGGACGAGGUCACGGUGAAGGACACGCUGGAGGGCGACAAUAUGUACACGUGUUCGCAGUGCGGCAAGAAGGCGCGGGCCGAGAAGCGAGCCUGCUUCAAAAAGUUACCACACAUACUGUGCUUCAAUACGAUGCGCUACACUUUCAACAUGGGCACCAUGUUGAAGGAGAAAGUUAACACGCACUUUAGUUUCCCGCUUAGGUUGGACAUGUCUGGUUAUGUCGAGAAAAAGUUGAUGCCGCAACACUAUCAGGACGAGAAGAAAGCCGCGUCCGAGAAGAGAAAGUGCGAGAGCGAGGGUCAAUCGGCGUCGCUGAUAGUGGAUGACGUGGGGGAGGAAGAGGAGGAAAUGGAGCACUAUCAGUACGAUUUGAUCGGCGUGACUGUGCACACGGGUACGGCGGACGGUGGGCAUUAUUACAGUUUUAUCAGAGAUCGCACGUCGCCCAACAAAGAUAAGUGGUUUCUGUUUAACGAUGCCGAGGUCAAGCCGUUCGACCCGAAUCAGAUCGCGGCCGAGUGCUUCGGCGGCGAGAUGACCAGCAAGACGUACGACUCGGUGACGGACAAAUUUAUGGAUUUUAGUUUUGAAAAGACCAACUCGGCGUACAUGCUGUUCUACGAGUGGUGCGCCGAUCUUGGCGAACAGGCGAAGGAGGAGGAGGCCACUGUGUCGAGUCCCACCGCGGAGAAUGCCGACAACAGUACCGGACGAUCGUCGUCAACGUUGAUGCGCAACAACAUGAACAAAUUGCCGCCGCUGGAGCUCAACAAGGAGCUCGAGGAUUGGAUCUGGCAGGACAACAUGCACUUUCUGCAGGACAAAAACAUAUUCGAGCACACGUACUUCGGCUUCAUGUGGCAGGUGUGCGGCUACAUACCGCAGACGCUGCUUUCGGUGCAGCCGGACAUCACGGAGAUGUCCGCGGAGCUGUCCACGUCGUUCUUCAUGGAGACGUUUAUACACGCGAAGGAGAAGCCGACUAUGGUGCAGUGGGUGGAGCUGCUGACGAAACAGUUCAACGGCUCGGCCGGCGCGUGCGCGAGAUUCCUCGAGCGUAUGGCCGGCGACUCGUGGUGGCCUAUACAGAUUCUAGUCAAAUGCCCCAAUCAGAUGGUACGGCAGAUGUUUCAACGGCUGUGCAUUCACGUUAUUCAACGAUUGCGCGCUACUCAAGCACCUUUGUAUCUUCUUUGCGACGAGGAGAACGACGUGAGUACCGUGGGUACUCGAUCUUGCGUCACGCGAUUCGUCCGUAUGCUGCUGUCGCUGAUGGAGCACGCCAAGCAGCACCUCAAGCACCUCACCGAGUAUUUCAGCUUCCUGUACGAGUUCAGUAAGAUGGGCGACGACGAGGCGAUCUUUUUGAUCAGAGUGCAGGCCAUCUCCACGAUGGUCAACUUCUAUCUCGGGCACAAGACGCACGAGUUUGUCGACGCGGUUAGCGAAGAGGAGGAGGAGGAGGAGAUCGUGACGGUGCCGUCGGAGAAACUUCGACCCGCUUCUUUGGACAAGAUGAUCACGCUGAUAGCGUACCUGGUCGAGCGCAGUAGAGGGCAGGAUCACAGGCUGACCCUGUCGCCGGUGGACCUGAGCGCCGUAGCGGGCGGCAAAGGCUUCCCCUUCUUAUAUCAGCAAACGCGCGAUCUCAUCAAUCUCACGCAAACCAGGAACUUGAUUCAGUCGUUGUGCCGUUGGAACGAUCGACUGGCGAUACACAUCAUCUCGAUGAUAUUCCAGGCGAUAAUGAAGCACACCGACGUGUGCCAGCCGUUUUUCAAGCUGUUGACGUUACUGACGGAAAGCACAGGGCUAAGCGGACUACCUUGCAUGACCCAAAUGAUUCUCGGCAGGGUUUGGGAGGCGGCACGAGUCGCGCCGCACGGCGCGCUCGAAUGGCUGGCGCUUGCAGUCACGAGAAGCAAACUGGCUCACGCCUGGGUGCUGCAGGGACUCGACACGUGGCUGCAACAUUUUCUUCUCGAGCACUCCAAUCAGAGAGUCCGUUCGGCCGCCGCCUUUCUGCUGGUAUCGCUGGUCCCGUCCACGCACUUCAGACAGGGUUACCGCACCACUAACCGCAACAACGUAAAUCUAGGCUGCAAUGUGUCCCGGGAGCUUCAGCUGUCGCCGGAAGCCACUCUGAUACUGCAUCAGAUAUACACGGCACUCCUGAGACUGCUGCAACCCGCGCGGCAUUAUAUCGACAUACAAACACACGGUACAAUGAAGCUCACUGCCUAUUUCGCAUUGCUCACAUACUGCGUAAUCUCUAAGACCGAAAAAUUAAUGUUCGGCCAAUAUCUUAACGAUCUGUGGACUCUUUUCCAUCCGAAGCUUUCGGAACCGAGCAUUCCGGUACAUCAUAAUAAGCAAGCGGUACUUUUGUUCUGGUACAACGUCUGCUCUGACUGUCCGGAGAACGUCGCUAUGAUACUUCACAACCCACACAUAACUAAGAACAUUGCAUUUAACUAUAUACUUGCCGAUCAUGAAGACCAGGACGUCGUGAUAUUCAACAGAAUCAUGUUACCCGCUUACUACGGCCUUUUGAGGCUUUGCUGUCAACAGUCGCGCACCUUCACAAGACAAUUGGCCGCACAUCAGAAUAUUCAGUGGGCUUUCAAAAAUAUCACUCCCCAUCCUACGCAAUAUUCAACUGCGGUGGACGAAUUAUUUAAAUUGAUGCAAUUACUAGUCGCGAGACAUCCCGAUCAAACGGAACAAGAAGAGGCGGAUAUCGCAUCGUUCAGGAGAGGCACGUUGUCUUCUUAUUUACAGGGACUCGAUGGUCGUUCGUGCUGGGCUACUCUUAUCUCUGCUUUUCGAAUUCUCAUUGAAUCAGACGACGAUCGCUUGUAUGUGGUUUACAAUGGCGGCUUGAGCAUGGCCCUCGAAGUUCACAUGCUACAUAUCAUGUAUCACGAGGCAACGGCGUGCCACGUCGCCGGUGAUCUGGCCGAGCUGAUCGCCAUUAUCGUCGAGCUGGUGCGAUGCGUCCGUACCGCGAGAGACGGACCGGACGCGAGAAACAUUCUGGCCAAUUGCAAAGAGUGGCCCGAUGUUCUGCGCAAACUGGCAACGCUGCUCAAUACUUACAAUCCGCCGGACAUGAGGAACUUGGCUAUAGAUCUUCUGAAGGAGCUCGUCAUGCUCGUUCCCGCCGAAGCGAUAUUGAUCCUAGCGCCGUUACUUUCACACUGCCACGCAGCUCUUCAAGAAUCCCACGCCGCGGUCCCGCCCGGACCGUAUCUUCCAAGGAGGUCCACUCCGCCCGGGAAGAUGCCUACUAGACCUGCCAGGCCGAUGGUUCAAAUGGCGGUGCCCCAUUCCCAACUGGAGGCGUCGAAGGGGAUGGAUCCGGAGUACGAUAGCGCCCUGCUGGAAUUUUACUUACCUUAUCACGAGCUGAUAGACGUUAUGUGCAGAUUAGCGAUCAAUAACGAUUGCAUGACGGACGCGUUAGUAAAUUUGAGCGCUAUGCUUGGUUUUGAAGGUGUACCUUUGCACUUGGCUCUGUUUCCGCGGCUGUGGCUGGACGUGCAUGCCGCUACGCACAUAGACAGAAAGCAUAUAGCGUCUCUCCUUUGUUCUUCCUACACAGUUGACUAUGUGGACGCCGUGUUACUAGACGAGCGAUCGUCAUUGGGUGUACCGGCGAUACACGCUUUCCUGAAAACCUUCUUCCCGAAGCUGGCCAAUCACGUGUUGACCGAACAAACCUGCUUGCUCAUUGAUAAUCUGGUUAGUUCGCUGACGGCGAUGGUGGAUGCGGUGGACGUUGAGGCGUCGGCGCACAGACUGGCCGGUGAUCUGCGCGCUCUGGCCCUCGUUUACAGCAGCAGUACGAGACUGAAACCAUCCGUCAGCCUGCUUCCAGCUCUAGAGACCCUGCUGUCGCGAACACGGAUUAUUACAGUGAAGGAAAACCGUGCAUCGCCGGAAGUGGAGACGCACAAUAAAAGACGUAAGUUGUGCGACGAUAGUGAGACGGCCGAUAAGAAUUCGCGCGCGCCGAUCAAGGAUAUCGAUCAGAACAGCGUUUCCGAGGCGGAAAUAGACAAGACGGACACGGUGAACGACGCGAUGUCUUCCGAUUCCGUGGACGAGAAGGCCGACACCGCCCGGCACAAGCAGUCGGGCAACGUUCAAACGGAAACGGUCGCCACCGCUACCAGUGGCGGCGGCUCGCCGCCGAGUUUGGUUACCACCCCCAACAGUUGUACAAAUCAGCUGCGCUGCUCGUUGACCAACGGCUCGUGGCUCGAGAUGCUGGAGAAGACCAUCGUCGAUCUCCAGACGAUCGUGCAAGUGCAAAGCAAGAAUAAUUAAUUAUCGCGUAUGAAUUGUGCGACGUGAGCGGGUGCUAUAAGCAGCGUACCGCGCGAAACUUGACGACCUGUUUUACCGACUUGUAUAAUUUGUGUGUGAUCUUUUUGCGCCGAUAGAGUUUACGGUGUGUGUUCGCGCUCCUUCGAAAUCGGAUGUAACUUAGUAUAUAAUGUAUAUCGUAUGUAUAUGUAUCUCGAGAGACCGCGAUUUACUUUCCAAAUAUAGGAAAAUAAGAUAUUUUCAUUACUUAAGUUAUGUUCUCGAGUAUACAAAGUUGGGAAGUUGUAAUGUCGCCGUCGUACACCUGGACUAAAUCAUUUUUUUUUCUCCAUCCGAACGUUUGUUAGUGCUGUGAGAUGGAUUACUUGUCUUCUGGCAAAAAAGAAACACAAUACGCGUCUUUGAUGUGCAUUAACAUGAACCAUCCAGUAUUCAGAAAAUACAAUUGCGGGGAAAAUUUGAAGGUGUAUUUGAAGAUACACUUAAAGCACGUUAUGUCAUGGAAAGUUUUGUUGAUAAUGCUAAUUAUUUUGACAAUUUCGUGCUAUAUUUGUGUGUGAAAAAGGGUCACAGGGUUUCAAGAAAUUGUUAAAGUAAACAGAUAAGAGAGUAUACGUUUGAACACACGCUGAAAUUUCUUUCAUACAUUUAUUACUGGCAUGUGUCGCUUCGUUUUGUAUAUUUAGUGUACUGUGGCGUAUCAAGCGAAUUGCAUUACGUGUCAAACACGUGUAACGCUUUACGCGCCCCACGCUCUGCAUAUUUUUCAUUCUUUUAUCGGCCAAUUUUUUUUAAUCCGCCAAUUUCAAAGAAAAAUUCUUGACAGUUUUGUUUUUCUCAAUUUUCCGAGCUCUAGCUACUUUCCUCUUGAUAUAAAAAAAAUCAUUUUAUUUAUUUCUGUUUAUAAUCAACUUGUACAUGUUAGGAAAGAGAGGUAAAAGAGAGAAUUUAUUCAUACAAAUAAUAAUUAAUUUCCACUGAAUAUCGAAAGAAAUCUUUCAUUUGUACGGAGCGUUAGAAAUUUAAGUUCUUAAUGAAUUGACAAUGUAGGAUCAUAAACGCAGUUUACCAAUGUAUUUAUUUAUUGUCAUUAUACGGCGCGCCGAUCACGCGAUUCUGUCAACUCCGGAAGUGUCGAACGCGAAACGCUGAUGUUCGUUUUUAUUUCGAUCGCUAUUUUGUGCCGCUCAGCUGCUAAGCUUUUUCUAUCUAACCAUCAUUCGUCAUAAACGAUUGCAACUUUUUCUACAGUCGUCGGCCAGCUCGCUCGUUGAAUCAACAGACAUCUCGCCAUUCACGAAUGAACAGAACAAUUAGUAAAGUUUCGAGCUCCGACACAUCUGUUCCCGAUCAAAAAAGAAAAACAACACCGCGGUCACUUGCAGCGCGCAGCAUUUUCAUCAUUGUCGAGCUUGCCGUCGAAUAAUGGCACUAAAGUAAUAUCUCCUUCGAUUAGGGAUCCCGAUUCCUUGUUGUGUAGUCAUAUUGAAUUGUGAUGUCAAUAGCGAGAAAUCAUAUAAACUUUUACCUUGCAUUACAUUAUGUUAAAACGAAAAUCCCACGAAUGAUAUACGUGUGUGUAUUGUUGACACACGCUGGUCGACUGUUCAACAAGAAACUCUCUCCCGGAUUAAUACUAACGCUCUCGUUCUCUAGAUGUUCCCAUAAACGACUCUGUAUGUUGCUGAAAACUCAAGGAUACACACAAAUGCGUUCGAUAGAAACUCAAUGAACAAGUGCUUAUCCGCUUGAUGCAAUGUAUAGUAUCUUAAAUGUCGCUACAUUCGAUGUACUUGUAAUGAAAAUUAAGAAACAUGGAAGAAAUAUGCAAUUGGCUCUUUCUAUCUCUCUGUCUCUCUCUGUCUUUCUCUCUCUUUCUCUCUCUCCCUCUUUCUUUCUUUCUCUUUGAGCAAUGCGUUUACGUAUUCAAUGAUUGAUCUAACAAGCGAUAUACAUUUUUGAAUUUACAUAAAAUAACUUUUAGCCACGACAUGAUCGUAUAACAUGUAAAAAUUGUUUAUUUUUUUCCUCUACAUCUUUGUGUAUUAUUUCUGUGCUUAUGUAAAACGGAAAAUGCACGACAAAUGCAUACCCGUACGAUUACGAGAGAGAAAGAAGAUAGUGAACGAAUAUCUAAAACGAGCAGAUUUUUAAUCGCAAUUAAAUUUAACGAACUACAUAUUAUAUUUGAUUGAUUCUUUGUAAUAAAAUUAAUAUAAAUUUUAA